AUGCCUCCUCGUCGUAAGAGGUAUAGGAAGCCCGGGUCAGGUGGUGAUGGCUCAUUCUUCAAGAGGAUGCAGCGACUCAGUAGUCAACAUCAUCAGCCAUCUCUCGACGUGCUUGAUGCAACACUGAAGGAGAUCUUCUUCGACUCUCGCCCGAAGCCUCGUCCUGUGUCGAGUCGAUCAGUUCUUGCUCGGCCCUGUGAGGACUUGUUAGCUCCACUGCCCCUCGAGACUAUCGCUGUAAUAGCGUCCUUUCUACCUCUAGUGCCAGACGUCCUCAACCUGCAGUGCCUCUGCCAACGGACCCGAGGCUUGCUGCCUAGAGUCGUCCAUGCUAUGACAAGUGUAGUUUUGCCGGGAGAUGUGCGGUCAUGCCUGCACUUUCAACGCAUCAUCGCUAGCAUUGCCCCUUUCGUCGAGCGCCUCUCUUGCACUUCUGAGGGAGUGACGAACCCUCUGAUCUGGUCGGCAGUGUCAGCGGGCUUACCGCCCAUGCCUAGGCUGGUCCAUCUACAGCUGUCGGAGCUGCCCGACAGAGUAGUUGCCACACGCCUUAGUUUCCCCCCUCUCCUGCGUACUUUCAAGUAUGAUGGAACAGAUCCUGUGAAUUGGUCGUUUUUAGCCGACCUAGUAGGUAGGGUCCGCACAUUAGAUUCCCUCGAGAUUCGAGGCUUCGCCCACGGUGCACCCGGCGACAAGAAUUGGUUGAAGGGGAGGUCUUGGCGUGCGCUACGUAUGGAUGUGGUACUGCAGGAUAGUAGAGCGCCUACCCUUACCUUUCCUAUGUCCGAGAGACGUAGGAGAGCCAUCGAUGAUUUCACGGCCAGCCUCAUUGUAGCGGUGGAGGGCUCGGCAGAGACUCUACAACGAUUCUCCUUUGCCGAACCGUGCAAUACGGCCCUUCUAGAUUCAUUGCAGCGAUGUGAGAAUCUCGAGCGACUAAGUGUUCAGGUGGAUAGGCGGCGAGCUACCAAGAUUAUACCACUACUGGGUGGUGGCACCCUGCGCAGCAUACGGCUAGCGUUUCCUGUUCUAUGCCACAUGAGUCUCAGACAGAGGAGUGAAGCAGAUGGAAGGGUUGAGGAAGCGCUUGCCAACCUUGCCACCUAUCAUACUCUGCGCGAGGUAGUAAUCGACGGCUGUGGCACCUUAUUGGAGUUAUCUGGAACUUCUAUGAGGGCUCUGAGCGGGAUUGUUAUCACAUCUCUGGAACUGUUGACUGUGGACGUUACAGUCGGUGACCUGGCGGAGCUCGGUGGGGCACUAACAUCCCUUCGAGACUUCACUAUCCAAGCGCCUCGGCUGGGACGGGAUCCGGAAACUUACAGAUUCAUCCGUAAGUCAUGUCCGAAUCUGCGAAAGUUGGAGGUUCCAGUAGAAGGUCUUGCUGACCCCGCAGUUUGUGAGGAGAUCGCUAGGCUUCGGAGCAACGGUGUGAAGGUGUACUGAAAAUUAUGUCCAUUA